CAUUUCGUUCAUUCAGUCAAUUUGAAAAUCUCGAGUGCAGUGUUGUUUUCGUGUUUUCUGCCGGUGAUUUUAAUGAAACAAGUGUUUAAAAACUACAUUAAAAACCGUAUAAAACUAAAUAAUGCUCAUUUCCAACUACUUCUAUGAUGUACAGACAGUUACAUGAGCAAAUACCAAUAAAUAGGAUUGUUCGUAGAUAGUGCCGAGGAAUGUUUGCUUGUUUUUGCGUGUGAUAAUUUACAAUAGUUACGAUGAAAAGUGUUUCCGACAAUGAUUGGAAGCAGUCUGUUGGAUUUCCCAUCAACUACGACUCGGAACUGAGCUCGGAUGAUAAUUUUGACGUGGUGAUCCGGCGCUCCGGGCCCCGAUCCUCCCUGCAUCUGCUGGAGGACGAGGGAGAUGGGGCUCCGGCCGACCUGCUGGGCACCACGCCGCCGCGCGCGCGGAUCAGGAGCAAGGAGAAGCGCAGGACUAUUCUGGGCGAGUGUGAGAGCGCUGCGCAGAAGGGGGUCGUGUUCAGGAACAACAGACGGAACACCGUCGACAACUUCUAUCAGAAGGAGAUUAUCGACUCGCCAGAGCGUGUGAAGAAGCGAGCGACGAUGAUGCUGGCGCGCAGCCGCGAGCGCGACCUGAAGCUGGAGCUGGGCGAGCGAGCCGACAGCAACCCGCCGCCCGCGCUGCCCACACUGGUGGAGUCAUGCAACCGCUUCAUGUCUCUGACCUCCCGGCUGAAGUGUUCCCCCGACAGCCAGCAACAGGAGCCGCUAGACGAGUGCCGCGAGCUGCCGCAGUCCCGAGUCAACUUCCACAAGACGUUCAGUCUGCUGAUCAAUAUGGGCGCGAGCGAUAAGGGCGCGAGAAGAACGAUCAGCCGCGAGGAGCAAGUGUGGCAGAACGAGUUGAAAGACCUGAUCUGGCUAGAACUGCAAGCGGUCAUAGCGGGGCGGUCGCUGGCGCAGCAGGACGCCUACUUGUGUGCGCAGCGCAGCAUCGUGCCCGCUGUUGUGAAGAAUAUCAUGGAGUAUAGGUUUAUAAACACGAAGCCGUGCGAGCCGCGCGGCCGCCGCAAGGCAGACUCGGCGGGCGAACACUCCGACACCAGCGACUUUGACAAGACUGAAGAUGAAAAAGAAGAAUACGGUUGCCUCUCCUUCGACUGCCAACCCUGCGCGGACGCUAUCGGCAAGUGUCUCCGCGAAGUGGGCACGCUACUGGACUCGUUCUACAACGCGGUGGCGCUAUACCCCUCGAGCAAGGCCAUGACUGUCGAACACCCGCUCAUAGCCACCACGCUGUUCAAGAAUAGACUUAAGGCAAUGUGUCUAUGGUACAACAUAGCGCUGCACAUGCGGAUGAAAAUGGUCGCUAUUCGCAAGCUCAUAAGGACUAUGAUGUUGAAGGAGAGACACCGUUACCAACACUUGCAGAGCGUGGACUCUGACUCGAGCAGACAAUCGGACGCAUGCCUCAAGCCGUGCCAAGUCCGCUUCAACCUAUCGCUGGACGGCAGCCCGACCGACUCCAGCACCAGCGAGGGCUCCGUGAACGACGCCCCUGGGGCGAGAGAGAAGGGGGAGGGAGUGGGAGAGAGAGCGGGAGAGAAGAUUGUUAGCAACAGCGACCCCAGCGCGCCUCCCACGCCCGAGAUCAUUCUACCCGACUCGGGCACCGACACGACGGACACGACGGCGUCCCACGAGAGCGGCUACCACUCGGACGGCGUCCCACGGAAGAACAGUAUCGUGUGUGAUGAUGUAUACAAUCUGACGUCGCUUGAAGAGUUGACGUCGCUGAGUCUGCUGGCUAAAUGUGAAGUGUCGCCGUAUAGACAUUACCUGAGCGAGAUCCUGAAGACUCAGGGCGUGCGGCGCAGCAUGAUGUUCAUACAGAAGCUGCGCAAGUACAUCCUGCAGAAAGUCUACAUGACUUUCGAGAAGCCUGAUAGUGCCCACCUAGACCACUACGAAGAGGAGGAGCCGGCGGAGGGGGGCGGGGCGCGGGAGGGGGACGAGGACGCAAGGGAUGAGGAAGUGAAGAACGCGUAUGAGUUGCGGAGAUACGGCUGCUGGUCUCCGGAAUCCCUCGCCAUGAACCUACCCUCGUACCGGGGACACUUCCUGCUCCUGAGCACCGUCAGCAUGGAGGUGGUGCACGACUACCUCGCGCUGCGCCUGCACGCCGCGCCGCACCGCCCCUCCUGCCUCACCAUCAAACAGAUGAUCCACGAACUGAAGGAGGGCAUCGACAUAGCCACGGACAUCCGCGCCGUGUUUGUGCGCAACAUUGAAACCGCCUUGGACGGCUAUCCAGCCAGCGACGCAGCGAAGGAACAGCUAAUUCUCCUCAUAACUACAUUCGAUACGACCAUAGAAAAUGUGCUCAAGCAAUACCUCUCCUACCUAACGACUAUCUCAGCGGCCAAUUUCCUCCCGCGCGCGUGUCUUCAAGACGAGUGGGCGUUCACCGCGCGGCUGGCUAAGAGAGUCAAGUGUGUCGCCGUGCUCGCGCCGGUUAGCUUCACGGACAUUGUGUGUAACCAAAUCGACCGGCUGCUGAAACAGUUCACGGACAAUUUCAAGGACUUUUCCAAGAGGGAAGAGGACUACCCCAGUGAUGAGGAAGACGUUGAGGCUAUGAGACACUUCGUGUACCAACUCUGUCGCGAGGCGCACAGUAUCUACGCGUCGCACCGCGACAUGGCGAUCCAGACGGUGCAGUUCGCGCGAGUGCUCGCCGCGCGCACCCCGCCCGCCUUCACACAGGAGAGGGACAAGAUCUUUGAGAGCCUAAUGUCCUACCGGGAGUGCAUAGUCCAACAAACCAUCAGCAUAGUGGAGCGCAGCGGGCGCGUGCCGGCGGAACUGUCAAAAGAACUGGUGGAGAAUGUCAACGCGAGGCUUAGAGAGCUGCUUCUACAGGUGUUCCGGCUGGGUUUUGAGAUCCACCGCGAGAUCCACAAGGCAGUAAGCAGUUCCGUAUCCCGCGGCAGGCCCCGCGUCAUGCGAGCUCAGAGCACCACCGACGACGUCGACCCACUGUGUGACACCACGCAGACACAGAUCCCGUCAUCCAUCGAGCUCCUCCUCUCCAACAGCGAGCCGUCCCCGCCCAGCGUCAGCGCCGCCGCCCUGGCGCAGGCGCAGGAGCAGUGGGCGCGGCGCGCGGCGCGCGGGGUCGUGCAGUUCGCCAUGUGCUGGAUGAAGUUUGUCACUGAGCGGUGUGAGAGAGGCCGAGGUCUUAGACCUAGAUGGGCCAAUCAAGGCCUAGAAUUUCUCAUGCUUGCCUGUGAUCCCUACAACACUAAAUACCUCACCGAUGUCGAGUUUGAGGACCUUAAGCAGUGUAUGGACCGCUGCAUCACGCACGUGAUCGGCUCGCGGGACCCGGCGCGCGCCGCCGAGCCCGCCGCCUCGCCGCAGCACGGCCGCCACCACGCCAGGAAACAUAGUCCAAAGCCGCCUGGCGUGUACGUGGGCGCGGGGGCUGGGGUGCCCACGCCGCCCACGCCUCCCACUGAGCCAGAGCCAGUGCUCAACUUCCAUGGAGUUGAGACUUCCAUGCACCGCCGCCGCGUCCAAGACGCCAUCCAACGGCUGGACUCGGCCCGAGACUCGGCGCUCCGCAACAACAAGGCAGUAGGGAGGGUACUGGAAUCGGAGGCGGGAGCUCACAGCUACGAGCCUAAACUACGGCAGGUCACCUUCAAGUGGCAGCGCGGGCUGAAGAUAGGACAGGGGACCUUCGGGAAGGUGUACACAGUAAUCAACACGGAGACGGGUCAGCUGCUCGCCAUGAAGGAGCUCGCAGUGGGCGCGGGCGACCGGCGGCUGCCCCGCGCGUGCAACGAGCUGCGCGUGCUGGAGGGCGUCACGCACCCGCACCUCGUGCGCUACCACGGCGCCGAGCUGCACCGGGAAGAAAUGCUGAUCUUCAUGGAACUCUGCGUGGAGGGGUCCCUCGAGGCGCUGGUGGCGACCUCCGGCGGGCUGCCCGAGCCCACCGUGAGGAAGUAUACGAAGCAACUCGUCAGCGCGAUAUUGGAGCUGCAUAAUCGGCAGAUCGCUCAUAGGGAUAUUAAGAGCGGCAACAUAUUCCUGACCAACGAGGGCCACUGCCUGAAGCUGGGCGACUUCGGGUGCGCCGUAAAGAUCCGCGCCAACACCACCGCCGUCGGCGAGCUGCAGGGCACCGUCGGCACGCAGGCAUACAUGGCCCCUGAAGUGUUCAUGAAGUCUUCAGGCCACGGUCGCGCGGCUGACAUUUGGUCUCUAGGAUGCGUUGUCACUGAAAUGGCCUCCGGGAAGCGUCCCUUCUCCGAAUACGACAGCAACUACCAGAUAAUGUUCGUGGUGGGCAUGGGCGGGCGGCCCGAGCCCCCGGCCUCGCUGUCGGCGGAGGGCGCGGCGUUCUGCCGGAGCUGCCUCACGCACGAGCCUGAAGCGCGCCCCGCGGCGCACGAGCUCGCUACGCAUCAUUUCCUCAUGAUAAAAUCGGACGACGACUGCAACUGCGAACCAGGCUACUUCAAGACUAAGAUGUGAACUUUAAAACUAUAGCAAUAAGGGUCAAAACUUCAUUCCUAUAUUCAUUAUUCUUCAUUCCAAGAGUCAGGAAAUUGUUCUUAUAAACGUAUGAGAUCAUGUUUUGUGGUCUUAUGAUGUCAACAUACAGUAUACUAUACAUAAGAUCGAUAAUUAUUAAGCGCCAGUCAUUCAUUAGCAAACUACUAGCUAAGCUACAAUUUCUUUUCUUGUAAACAGUCUUCCCGUAAUCGCCCCAUACCUUCGCUAGAACUAUUCAUAAAUACUAUGUUAUGUAAAUGAAAUGGAUGUUUGGUUAUAGGAGGUAUUUUAUACACUUUGCUAGUCAAGUCAAAUUUAUAACUUGAAUCAAAUUAAUUAUACGGUAGUUUUUAGAGAGAAUGAAACUUAUGAAGUUUGAAAGUGUUACUUAAUUAGGUUUUAAG